UCAUGGGCUGCAGUAAUAACAGAAGCAAGUGUCCUUGCAGCGCAAAUCCCAAUCGCAGACGGCGACGGCACGCUACGCGCCACAGACGUUGUUCUGGCCAGCGGGAUGAAGCCAAAAAGUGGUGACAACGAUGACGAGGAUGGCGAUGAUCAGGACAACGAUCACUUCGAGGGCGAUCCACGCCCUAUGCCCUACGACUUUGAAAAGGAGUUGAUUAACAAGUCGAAUAAACAUAUACGCCUUGCCGAGGUGUUUGUGCCCUCUAAUAUAGUAUAUCCAAUCACUUCAAAAUUUUAUUCUAAGCACGAACAACAGUCCAUAUUAAAGAAGCAGGCGCAGGCGCAACGCCAUAGGUUCCAUAAAGCGUUACCGGAGUAUCCGUUUCUGGAGUCACAGGUGUACGGCUGGAUGCCGCUGCAAUGUAGAGAAGCGGCCACUUAUUUGAAUUGCAUACAUGCGCCAAAAAGGCGUUGCCGCAUGACAAUACACGGCGAACAAAUUAUAGCGGGGCGAAUUACUGAACGCCCGCCUUUCAACGGCUUAAAAUUCAUACUUCAUUAACAUAAGAUACUUUAAUGACAUAAUUACCAAUUGACAUGCUAUGAUGUAGUAAACUGAAUUUCUUUUAUCAACUCGUUUAGUGGUCAUGAUUUGUAGUUAGCACAUAUUAACGUUAGUUGCAUCUUUUCAAACUAUAAUUCAAUUCCACUAAUUC